GGAAAUUUAAUGUCUAUAAAAAAAGAAAAAUCAACCUCGCUGUCUGCCUUGAUCUUUCAUGGCGCAUACACCUAUAUACUAGACACCUACCUAGUACCUACCUAGCUACCUACGACUAUGUUCAAUUUCAGAAUCCGGAAGAAGAAACCCCCUUGCCAAUCCGACUGGGUCGAUUCCAUUUUAAGACAUGCAUAUAAAGACGGACACGGCAUCAAGCAGGGCUUGGAUAAACUACUUGGGACUGAUCAAUAUACUCUCAAGCUUCGCAGUGGUCGCUGGAUCAUCUCAGCGCCUAGGAAAUUAAAUGAUAAGGAUGAGUCCGAAAUUGAAAGGAUCGCAGGCGUCCAUUAUUGACAUUGUAACUUUCUGUGAAGUUUAACGUACCUACCUACCUACCUAGUAGGUAGAUUGAUAUUGAAUCCAUCUGUAUCUACUUAGGUACUUAGUAGCAAAGAGAAUACGUGGGAGAGCAAGCCUUGGCUUCCGUUAUGAUAUAGCAUAUGAGAAGUACACAUUAGUUUAAGACGAACUAUGAACCAUUCCUAUCUUAUCUAAGGGUUUCUAUAAAAAAUACC